UUCCUCUGUCUCUCUCCCUCUCUCUCUCUCUCCCCCCCCUCCCCUUCUCUUCCCCUCCUCCACCGCCGCCGAAUCCUCCCCUCCGGGGCCGCCUCGGGCGCCGCCGAGAAGAUCCGUACGAGCGCCACCGGGGUCUCAUCUCUCUCCAAUCCCCCGCAUCGUCUGAUGAGGUGGCGUCUAGUUGGUUACACGGACAGUCGAUCAUGGAGAACGGGGAAAUCGAGAGUACAGAUGAGGAGAUGCCGUCACAGGGUGGGCGGCAAUACAGACCAGUCGGAUCGCAUGAUCGAGCUGUUAUCCAGAUGUCUUCAAUGGAGCGUGGAUCUGUCCCGGAGAUCCCACUGAAAAAUCUUAAGGUCGGUCCUCAGGCCAACAUUGAUCCAAGGAUGCAAGAGGGAUCUUCUGAAAGUCAUGAGGCACCCAACGGAUCUCACAAGGAAUCAAAGCUUGAGCUAUUUGGUUUUGACUCUCUUGUUAACAUUUUGGGACUCAAGAGUAUGACAGGUGAACAAAUUCCGGCACCUUCGAGUCCUAGAGAUGGUGAGGAUGUAGCGAUUACCAUUGGACACCCUAAGCAAUCUGGGCCAAAACUUGGUACUAUGAUGGGUGUCUUUGUGCCAUGUUUGCAGAACAUCUUGGGAAUUAUAUAUUAUAUCCGUUUUUCUUGGAUUGUGGGUAUGGCUGGCAUUGGGGAGUCACUUGUGCUUGUUUCCUUUUGUGGUGCUUGUACAUUUUUAACUGGAAUAUCUUUAAGUGCUAUCGCAACUAAUGGGGCAAUGAAGGGUGGUGGGCCAUACUACCUCAUUGGUCGAGCCCUUGGUCCAGAAGUUGGAGUUAGUAUUGGAUUGUGCUUCUUUCUUGGGAAUGCAGUUGCUGGAGCUUUGUAUGUCUUGGGAGCUGUUGAAACCUUCUUAGAUGCUGUGCCUUCUGCUGGAUUUUUUAAAGAGAGUGUAACAGUAGUGAACAACACAUUGGUAAAUGGUACAGCAACAGCUGGCACUGCAACAAUAUCCACUCCGAGCUUGCAUGAUCUCCAACUCUAUGGGGUGAUUGUGACCAUACUGUUGUGCUUUAUUGUCUUUGGAGGUGUGAAAAUUAUUAAUAAAGUUGCUCCUGCUUUCUUAAUACCUGUCCUCUUUUCGCUCUUCUGCAUAUUUAUCGGGAUCUUUGUUGCUCCGAGGAAGAAUGCUUCAAGUGGCAUCACUGGCUUAAGUAUAACGACAUUCAAAGAUAAUUGGGCUUCUGAUUAUCAACGAACAACCAAUGCUGGAGUACCUGACCCAAAUGGCCCUAUUUAUUGGGAUUUUAACGCCUUGGUUGGUCUAUUUUUUCCAGCUGUAACUGGAAUCAUGGCUGGCUCAAAUCGAUCUGCAUCACUUAAAGAUACGCAACGUUCAAUACCCAUUGGAACAUUGUCUGCGACACUAACAACCUCCUUUCUAUAUCUGAUAUCUGUGCUACUAUUUGGAGCACUUGCUACCAGAGAAGAACUUUUGACAGACAGGCUUCUUACCGCUUCGGUGGCUUGGCCGGUUCCAGCAAUCAUCUAUGUGGGGAUCAUCCUAUCCACCUUAGGUGCAGCAUUACAAAGCUUAACAGGGGCUCCAAGGCUGCUUGCGGCCAUAGCUAAUGACGACAUUUUACCUGUUCUUAAAUAUUUUAAGGUCGCAGAAGGGGGCGAGCCCCACCUGGCGACAUUUUUUACAGCAUUUAUAUGUAUUGGGUGCGUCGUGAUAGGCAAUUUGGAUUUGAUCACACCCACCGUUACUAUGUUUUUCCUGUUGUGUUAUGCUGGUGUGAAUCUAUCUUGUUUUCUACUGGACCUGCUAGAUGCACCUAGCUGGCGGCCCCGAUGGAAGUUCCAUCACUGGAGCCUCUCUCUUAUUGGCGCGCUGCUUUGUAUUGUCAUCAUGUUUUUAAUUUCCUGGUCUUUCACUGUGGUAUCUCUGGCCCUGGCAAGCCUUAUAUACUAUUAUGUCAGCAUAAAAGGAAAAGCUGGAGAUUGGGGAGAUGGGUUCAAAAGCGCGUACUUCCAGCUGGCCUUGCGAAGCCUACGAUCAUUAGGAGCAAACCAAGUACACCCCAAGAACUGGUACCCGAUCCCUCUAAUAUUCUGCCGCCCGUGGGGGAAGCUUCCAGAGAAUGUCCCUUGCCAUCCCAAGCUUGCGGACUUUGCCAACUGCAUGAAGAAGAAGGGUCGCGGCAUGUCCAUCUUUGUAUCCAUCCUCGACGGCGACUACCAUGAGCUUGCUGAGGACGCCAAGAGCGCAUGCCGCCAACUCAGCACCUACAUCGACUACAAGCGCUGUGAAGGUGUCGCUGAGAUCAUCGUCGCCCCUUCCAUGUCGGAUGGAUUUCGUGGCAUCGUCCAGACGAUGGGCCUUGGAAACUUAAAGCCCAACAUUGUUGUUAUGCGGUAUCCUGAAAUUUGGCGGAGGGAGAAUUUGACACAGAUACCCUCCACUUUUGUGAGUAUUAUCAAUGACUGCAUCAUAGCCAAUAAGGCUGUUGUUAUUGUUAAGGGCCUAGAUGAAUGGCCUGGUGAGUACCAGAGACAAUACGGGACGAUCGACCUCUAUUGGAUAGUUAAGGAUGGCGGGUUGAUGCUUCUUCUGUCCCAGCUUUUGCUCACAAAGGAGAGUUUUGAGAGUUGCAAGAUUCAGGUGUUCUGCAUAGCCGAAGAGGAUACAGAAGCUGAGGAGCUUAAGGCCGAUGUGAGGAAGUUUCUGUAUGAUCUGAGAAUGCAGGCAGAGGUGAUUGUCGUGACGAUGAAGUCAUGGGAGGCACACAUGGAGAGUGGGGCCCAGCAGGAUGACUCAUUGGAGGCAUUUACGAGCGCACAGCAGAGGAUCUCUGCGUACCUGGCGGAUAUGAAGGAGACGGCACGGAGAGAAGGGAGGCCAUUGAUGGCAGACGGGAAGCCGGUGGUCGUGAACGAACAGCAGGUCGAAAAAUUCCUUUAUACCACCUUGAAGUUGAACUCGACAAUACUCAGGUACUCGCGGAUGGCUGCGGUGGUGCUAGUGAGUCUACCACCCCCGCCGCUUAACCACCCAGCAUACUUUUAUAUGGAGUACAUGGACCUUCUUGUUGAGAACGUACCAAGGAUGUUGAUAGUUAGGGGAUACAGAAGGGAUGUCGUGACGCUCUUCACGUGAUCGGUGUGGAUUCUUUUUUUGGACGGUAUUGAUUGUGGUUUCUCGAAGUUGUUUGGUGUUACUGGCUGGAAAUAGAAGAGUGCUACUCUGAGGUUCAGGAGGGAGAACACACGGGGAAUUUAAAUUGAUCGGGUAAAUCAAGACCAUUUUUAAAGACUGCUCAGCUGCAAUGCAGGCGCUCGGAUUCACAAAAUGCUGCUAUUCACAGUGCAAGUUUGGCAUACGGAACAAUUCCACACCGACCAAAUGUGCUUUUCUUACAAAUUUUGCAGAUACAAUUCUUGCUCAAUAUGUAAACACUUCAAUAUUAGACACAAAUCUUCAUUUUUUUUUUUUUUUAUUGCGAACAUGAUAGCACAUUCUUCUUGUCAUCCAUAUUUUUAUGUUGAUAGUUAUCAUGUGAGCGAGAAGAGGCUGAAAGAGUUUGAAUACCAUUGAUGAGGAGAGCUUGUUGCGGUUGAUGAGGAGAGCUUGUGAUCAUAAGUUUCCGUCGUAUUUAUUUGCUAGACCGGAUUCAUCAGUAUAGUAAGAGAAUUAUUUUCAA